AAUCGGUCCCCCCGCAAGAGUCUUAGGUAGCUUACAUCAUACACGCAACAUACUCUGUCCGAGACCUAUAAAAGCCGAAAAUUUCGCAGUGAACGACAUCAUUUGCAACCAGCAACUGUAACUCUCAACACACAAUGGCAUUCAAGUUCGUAGUCCUCGCCGCCCUCGUGGCCGUCUCCCAAGCCGGAUUCAUCGGCGCACCUCUCGGCUACGCUGCCGCCCCCGUCGCCAAAUUGGCAGUGGCUCCAGUGGCCAGUGUGGUGAAAACCGUCGACGCCGACUACGACCCCAACCCUCAAUACAGUUACGCCUACGACGUGCAAGACGCUUUGACCGGCGACUCCAAAAGCCAACACGAAACCCGCAACGGAGACAUCGUACAAGGAAGCUACUCCCUCCUCGAAUCUGACGGAACUCGCCGCACCGUCGACUACACCGCCGACUCCGUCAACGGAUUCAACGCCGUUGUCCACAAGGAACCCGCUGAAAUCGCCUUGAAAACAGCCGUAGCCCCAGUUGCCGUCGCCGCUCCAGUCAUCAAGACCGUCGCCCCAGUUGUUAAGACUGUCGCUCCCGCCUACACUGCCGCCUACGCCGCAGCCCCAGUUGCUCAAUACGCCGCCGCCGCUCCAGUUGCCCACUACGCCGCACCUGUUGCCCAAUAUGCCGCCGCUGCUCCAGUUGCCCACUACGCCGCUCCAGUUGCUCAAUAUCACGCCGCACCAGUUGCCCACUACACUGCCCCAGUUGCUCAAUAUGCCGCCGCUCCAGUUGCCCACUACGCCGCACCUGUUGCUCAAUAUGCCGCCGCUCCAGUUGCCCACUACGCCGCACCUGUUGCCCAAUACGCAGCCGCUGCCCCAGUUGCCCACUACGCUACUGCCCCAGUUGCUCAAUACGCCGCUGCUCCAGUUGCCCACAUCGCCAAAGUUGCCAGCUACGCAGCCCCAGCAUACUACCACUAGUUCUUGUAUUUUUUAUAAAUAAAUUUUUCCUAAUCUAUAUAUUA